AUGCGCGAUUAUCAUAUGCGUCGGUACAUGGCUUAUCGCAUGGAACACCCAGAAUAUGCAUUUAGUUAUGGCGUCAAAGAUUUGCAUACGGGCGACGUAAAAUCUCAAUGGGAAUCACGUGAGGGAGAUGCCAUCAAGGGUCAUUACAGUGUUCUAGAACCGGAUGGCUCCAUACGCACAGUCACCUAUACGGCCGAUGCCAAGUCCGGCUUCAAUGCCAUUGUCAAGACAGUGGGUGCCAAUUCACAUCCGAUCACAGAUUCACCACAUGCAACAGAUGGCAAAAAUGAUGACACCUCGCAAUCAAAAAUCAACCAUUACAGCAAGGAUCAAGAGCAUAUAGUCCUUAGUUCGGACAUCAAACCCCUUAAGAAGCCCAUAGAGGAUUUGACUCAUUCCCAUCCCAAGAUACCCAGCCUGAUAGAGUUCAAACCCCACGCUCGCAUAAGGCAAGUGCCCAUGGAACUAGAGCCUGGAAUGAGAGAGCGUCUGCAGGAAGCAAGGGAUAACUACUAUCGGGAAGCAACUCAUGAAAGUGUAAAACAUUUCCAGCCAUCGGAAACCAUUGUGGAACCUUUGGAAACACAUAACAACGAUUGGAAAGCUGUGGUAGGUUUAAGUCAGGGUUAUCAUCAGCAAUCGGAUAACAACUAUCUUCAACCUCUGCAGCAUCAGUUGCUCCAGCCUUAUCGCCAUACCGAUUUCAUAGCUUCUAAGCCACUGCAUCCCCAACGCCAUCACAUAACGGCACCGGGCCAUCCGGACCCCCAGGUUAAUGCCAUACCCUUUAAUAGCAAGAAAACUGCGGUAAAAUCUACACUAGGUCUCAAGCAUUUUGCCUCACUGCCCCAUAAGUAUUUGAAUCACAAACCAAGGCAUGAUUAUUCCUCCUACUUCCAGCGCAGCAUAAAAAAGCCUCGCAAAUUGGAUGACUAUAGAAAAGGUCCUGUGGAAUUUCCAAAAACUAAAGCAGAGGACAGUGAACAGGAAGAAGAGGUUGAGGAUGAAGAUGAAGAGGAAGAGCAACAAGAUGCUGCGUCCGCCAGUCUGAUUCAGUCUAUGGUAAAACGUGAUAAGAACCACAUGGCACCCAGAUACGCCAGACAUUAUGGCCAAUGGGACGCUGUUAAACCGCAUCAGCAUAAAAAGAACCGUCCUACUGUUUUUCGUUUACUUUAAAGAUAUGCGGGUCACGCCAGCGCAUACCUGUAGGCGAAUGAAUCCUUAAAUUGUAAAAACCUAUCGGCAACAUUUUUAGUGUCCUUUUAUUUUCAAAAGCCUAUCAGACGUGGGUUAAUCUUUAUGGCUUUUCUGUUAUU